GCCAUACAAAACUAUUUUUUUUCAAUAUUUGAAUGUUAUAUGAAAACAAAUAUAAAUCGUUCAGAAUACGUAACUACACGGUUCUAAUCAAGUGAGGAAACAAACAGAAAUAAAAAAACAACACUCAACACAAAGAGUAGGAGUUAAUAUACUAUUAUAUAAAACAGUUUGUUUCGGCUCAAUGCGACUUACAGUUUCGCAGGCUUCUAACAGUAACCCGGCUCAUUCAGGAUUAGAUUACCGAAUGGAGAAACACAGGAAAUCCAAAAUGGCUACAAGAAAUCUGGUUGCUGUUGGUCAGAGCGGAUCAUACGGUGUUUAUAGAGGAACUAUACCAAAUAUCUCUGCAAAAUAGAACGCUGUCUUGAAAGUUUCAAAGCAUAUUCUCUAUAGGCGACAAAAAAAGAAGAAAAUGAGCCAAAAUAAUAGCACCAAUGUUUGUGUUGACAUUAGAGAAGAACUAGAGGCUGAAAUGGUGGAUGUCUAUUUUCCUGUAAUAGUAUAUCUCUCACUUUUUAUGAUGUUUGGAAUAAUUGGAAAUGUCUUCACUUUUUAUAUCUACUGUUACAAAUUCGAAAUUUCGACUACACAGAUGUUUGUUGUCGCACUUUCCGUGUGCGAUCUUCUAACUUGUGCAAUAUGCAUACCCUUCGACAUAGUACUCUUGCAUCAUUCCUUCACGUUCAGCAGUGAUAUUGUAUGCCGUUUAAUGGUAUUUUUUGUUGCUAUAGUAGUAAUCAGUUCAGGUUUUAUUGUAUUCAUGAUAGCAAUCGAUAGAUAUAGACUUGUAUGUCGACCUCUUGAAGAACAAAUUUCAUUCGAAAAUUCAAAGAAAAUUCUACUAUCUUUAAUACUUUUAUCUACUUUUCUUAGUUCUCCAAUGCUUUUGCUACACAGCCAAGGAAACAGGUUAGUCAGGCAAUGUGGAAAUAUUGGAGAAAUAUGUUCACUUACUAAAAGUUGGCAAAGAACAGUCUUUCCUUUCGUCUACUAUAUUAUCGGGGUGACUUCUUGGCUUUUAAUCUUUAUUGUUCUUAUGAUAUUAUACUCAUUAAUUGCAAUACGUAUUGCGGAAAUUGACAAAGUAAAAAAAUAUAGACUAUCGCAAGUUCUUAAAUUUUCAUCGAUCGCUUCCCAAUUUGACGAGGGGGAAGACGAGGAAACUCCUCCAAGCAUACCAAAGUUUCGCUGUGUUAGAAGACAUUCAUUGCACCCAACUCAGACCAAUUUCAUUUUCUUCGUCAUCACGUUGCUCUGGGUUACCAGUUAUGUACCACAUUUCAUUUCAAUAUUCUGGAAAUUGUCCGUUGAAAAUUUCUAUGACACUGUAACUCAAAGUGACCAACAACUUAGCGCUUUUUUAUUGCUUUCUUAUUACCCCAACUGUGCGAUUAACCCAUAUGUUUAUGGACUUUGCAACCGACAGUUUCGUGUCGAAUUAAGAGACUUAUUCCAUAACAUUCGCGCAUUAGGUAGGAAAUAAAAUAUUGAAUCUCCUUAAAUUCAUUACUUUAUAAUUGUUCACUAGCGAUACAUAUUACCUUAAAUGAAGCAAAGUUCUUCUCAAUUUAAAUCAUUUUAACAAGUAUUUAAUCUUUUCAUAUGAGACACCGAUAUGCAUGCAUCCUUCAAAUGAUACAAUUUCUGAUUUUAAAAAACUAAACGAUAUCAUAUUGAUGCAAAGUUUUAAAUAUAUAUUCUGAAUAUUAACCUUCAUGGAUGUAAUCAAAGUGUAAUAGACGAUUAUGGAAUAUCUACAUAGUAUUUCGCAUCAAAAGCAUAACUUUGUUGUACCCAUGACAGCAAUUACAACAACGAUGAAGUCAGUCGAUUGAGAGCGCGCUUAUUACAACUAACCUUCUCGCCGUCAUAAAAAAAUGUCUCCUGGAUUUGGUAAGGGGAAAGAGAGGAAAAAAACCCCUCGGCUCAUCACGUCUAGCUACUGUAGAAAGCAAGCCAACAAGAUAACAGGACGUUGAUACGAAAAUACACCACAGUAUGGACUUCCAUAAUGGACUGUAUCUGCGUAAAACAAGUCGCCGGAUUAGUGUCUACAACAAAGGAGGUAUAUUAGCUGGCAAAAGACAGAAGAGUUCUGGCAAAAGACAGAAGAGUUCUGGCAAAAGACAGAAGAGUUCUGGCUGGAACAUCUUUACUCAUAGACGUGCAAAGUUAUGGAUUACAUACUGCUAGCUAAACAACUGUGUUGACGCGAUAAAGCCAUCGUCAAAUCAUAGUAAUAAACACGAAUAUAAUGAUUACAAUGAAAAAAAUGUUUAUUUUUGCAAAAUGUUAUUCUUUAUUGAUUUCAGUAAAUGUCUGUUACCAUGCUGAAGCACUAUCUUCAGGGAUUUCGAUCAAAUAUAUGUUUUGCCAUCCCUUUUCUUUGUAUUUAUAUCAUGUAGGAAGAUAUUUUAAUACGCACAUAUUCAUACUACAUACAUAUACACACACACAGAAUACCCCUAAAUUCUGUGCAUCUCUACCCUCCUCCCUUUGUUUUUUAUCCUUAGCUAGCGAAUCCUCAACCCCGACCCUAUGCCAAAUUUAUUUAUGCAUUUAUAUUUCUUCACUUCUACUUCUUACUUUCUUUAUUCUUUACCCUUUAUAUUCAAAAUUCUUCAGUCUUCUCCCAGCUACCCGAUUCUCUAAGCCUCGUAUAAUAAAAUAUUACCUACACCCCACCUCUAGCCUACCAAAGAACCGGUUUAGCAGACUCCUAUCUCACCCGGAACAGUGACCUUAAAUAUCAUAUUACACCCUUUCGCAAACUACAUUCUUAACCUAACCCCACCUCCUAAUACCCACAAUGCCCCACUUUGCUGGUCAUUCUCCCAUUUCAUAGUUAGCCUCAACAGAUUUCAGCCGCGUCCCUGCUGUAUUCUUCGGAUAUUCUUUUUUUUUUUAAUUACGUUUCAUCUGAUGAUUAUGGAUUUUUUGUAAUGGAGUAAUAUUCUCAUUCUUCAAUUAAAAAAUGCGUAAGAAACACACGUAUAAACACACGCCAGAAAAGGUCACAGAAAACGAGAAAGCAACCAUACUCUGGGAUAUGCCAAUACACACAGAUAGAGAAAUUAAGGCAAAUAGACCAGAUAUAGUUGUCAAAGAUCAUGAAGGAAAAAAAUGCUUUCUAAUUGAUGUAUCAAUACCAGCAGAUGACAACGUUUCUCUAAAAGAAAUGGAAAAACUUUCAAAAUACAAAGACCUGGAAAUAGAGAUAACUCGAAUGUGGAAUCUAAAAACAGAAACAAUUCCUAUCAUAGUAGGUGCCUUAGGUAUAAUAAAAAUAUAUUCAGACAAAUACAUAACAAAAACACCAGGACUUACAAAUAUAUAUAACAUACAGAAAAUUGCACUACUGGGUACUGCACACAUUCUACGCAAAACACUUUCAAUACAGUAAACAUAAGAGCACCACAUCAAACCAUAGCACAUACCCAAGGCGCACAGAGCUGCGCUCGGUAGUGAAGUGAAAGCACGUUAUAAAAAUAAAACUACUGAACAAUAAUAAUAAUAAUAAUAAUAAUAGACGAAAAUACAAAAUUCACCACUUGUAUGAAGGGCAAUAAAUUAUAUCACAUAUGUUGAAGGAAAUUAUGUAAGAGCAUCUGGGUAAACAACAUUCUUUGUUUUCUGGUUUGGAGCAUAGACAAAUAAGUGUUGAAAGCCUUGGAGCAAACAACAUAAAGAUGAUCAUGAGAAAAGCAAGUUCUUGGCUUUGGGUAAAAGAAAAUACAGGAGGUUCAGUUCAUUUUAUUCAACAUACUCCCCUCUCAGAUUCACACAUUUUUUGCAGCAGUCAUUCAGUUUUCCUAAGCCCUGUAAAAGAACUCGGAAAGCUAGGCCUCCAGCCAGGCCUUUCGCAACGCCCUUAAAGCCAGGAACUUUUCAGCACCCCUUCGUACAUAGUCGUAUGUCACCAUCAAGUGCAUGCAUGUACUCAUACAUAUUUGCACAGAACUAUGUUGGACUCGCAUCGCCGCGAUGAAUGAGAAUUCAGCAAGAAACGUCUAAAAGAAAACAAUUGCCACCGGAUUUAUAAUGAAAGUGUGAUAUUGUUAUGCUGGUGAACUGAUUUGCUGAACAACCCACACCAUGAAUAUUAUUACAGUAAGCAUGGUUUGUGCAGAGCCAGUCCCAUUCUCUCGUUCUUCAAACUGGUAUUGGUCUAAUGCAAUGGUUCUCAUAAAAUUUUUAUGAGGGUCCACAUAAAAUUUUUAGUGGUUCAUAAAGUUUGGGGAUCCACAAUCGUAUUUUGGACUCCCGAAAAAAAUUUGCUUUAGACGUAUGUAUUGGUAUGUAUUGCAAGAAACAGCUAAAUUUCUUUCUUCAACAUUUUACAUAGUUUACCAUACACAAGUUAAUGUGUGAAAAACAAAAUAGGGAUUUUGAAAGAAGUUUUUAUAAAACUAAGCUUUUAAACAUCAAAUGGCUACGGGAGUCCGCUAGAAUAAAAUGAAAAUCAAAGGGGUCCAUAUGCGAAAAUGGUUGAGAACCCUUGGUCUAAUGCAACGAGUGCCAUGAACUCAUUUGUUACCCGGAUGCAGGGUUUGUGUAGAGCUACCUUCUCUUAGUCCAGUGCUCUGCAAAUAUGUUUCCCUUGCUGUACACAUUCUUUGCAGAAUUCGGCGCCAAACUGGAAGUAAAAAUAUAACUUACAGUGUGUCUGUGUGUCUGUAUGUGUGUGUAGAAAUUAAAUAAUGAGGGUAGGAAUUGACAUUAAUCAAUUAACAUCAAUUUAAGCCAAUCUUCGGAUUUUUUAAAUAUGCUAGGCCACUGGUUUAAAUUGAGGUUAAUUGAUUGAUAUCAUUUUCUACUCUCAUUGUUUAAUUUCUAAAUAACAAUGUUCUCUAACCGGUAAAUUAGCUACGGUAAUUUAUUAACUGCAGAGUUAUUUCCGGCCUCAACGCGCCAAAAUGAAGACAUUUGAAAGAUCCCCUCAGAUAUAAUUUGCAGAACUUUAUACACAUUCUCUUUCGGGUGAACGUUCUGUGUCUAGUUCUGGAAAUUAUGCUUUGUAAGCGACAGGCUACGCUGAUGAGUAUGCAGAUAUUUACAUUCGUAAAUAUUAACAACGAAAUCAUGGUACGUAGGUAAUCGCUUUAUUUUGAAUAUUUUCAUUAUUUUGAAUAUUUUCAUAAAUUAAACAUCUUAUUGAUUCUGAUAACAUUUUUAUAACAAAUCGUACCAUACCUAUUGAGGAGACCAAACAUCACCAAUGUGUUGAAGUAUUGAAUCAAAGGGAUCUAACUCUUUUAAUCCAAUCUCUUGCAGCCACAUUAACUCAACUUUUUAGUGGGGAGAUAACCCAAAUUUUUUAAUGGCAAUUUGUUAAUGGAGGUGAAAUAACCAAAAAGUACCCGAUCAAGAACCCCAGUUAUGUUUCAAAAAAUAGCUGAAUGUGAUCGUAUGACUAAGGUGUAGAAGACUCGAAGGACGAAGGCCGGGG